UCAUUAUAUAGUAAUAUUAUUAUUAUUAAUAAUAAUGUUGUUGUUGUUGCUGUCUUCAAGCCAUUUCCAAAUUACGGUGACCCUAAGAGUUUUCUUGACAAGAGUUGUCCUUUGAGCGGUUUCUUCUGACUUACGGCGAUCUUAAGGGGACACUUUUCGGGGUGUGAACCUUAUUCUCUAGAAUCAUAGUUCAGUGUUUGAUCCGAGGACUUUGCCUUGCACAAGGAUCGCAUGACAUUUCAACCAGUUUCGGUUCAGUGCCCGCCACGUGUGUUGGACUACAACUCUCACAAUCUCAGAAGCCAAAGUCCAGCCUAUUUGGAAGGGGAAUCUGCUUGCAGAAGGCUAGUUUUGGUUUGUCCUCGAAGCCUCGAGACGGAGAAAGAGGCAGGCAAGACUCAUCAGAAGCCACAUUCCAGCUUAUCUGCAAGGGAAUCUGUUUGUGGAAGGCUAGUUUUGGUUUGUCCUCGAAGCCUAGAGGCAGGCAAGACUCAUCACAGCUUCUCUUCUUUACUUUUUUAUUGCGUUCCCUUUUGUGCCUUGCUCUGAAUCCACAGGACGCUUUGCAAAGCCUGUCUGGCUCAGGAUGACUUUUGAUGGAGAAGAUUUCCUUCUGCCAAAUGCCAAGGGACAGGCGUAUUGAGCAUACGUGUAUUUGGUAGAUCUUGCACACCCUUCUGUGUCCCAUCACCAGUGUUAGAUUGCGGCCGAUUUUGGGAGCAGGGAAACAUCUGCAUAUUCCUCGUCGCCAGGGGGCACCCACCCACCCCUCCGCCCUUUCGUUCCCCGGCCCUUUCCCUGUUGUUUUCGUUCAAAUUUCCCUUUUGGAGCCAAGAUCUGAGAAGCGAGUCGGAUACAAUUUGGGGAAGAGGAGCCGCAGCCCUGCUUUUCUCCCCCUUGAUCUCCGGAGAGCCCUUUCAUCUUGCUUCGGUCUUUGGGGUGGAGUGGCCACGUGGCCUCUAGAAGUGGUUCUAAUUUAAACACACAAAGGGUCGCGUGCCAAGUACCGGAAGACGGACGAAGAGGAGGAGGCACUUCAUCCUCACCAUCACCGUAUCUUGGUUCCUCCCGUUCCGCAGCCAACUCAGCACGACAUCUGUGUGACCCCGACAGCCGAAGAGAGAGGCGAAGAGAUCCUGCGGUCUCAGGAAGACUUUCCUGUUCGAGCGGCCAGUCAUCGUCCAGACCUUUCCUUGCCUCAGUGGAAGUUGUGCGGUUGGGUCAGCAUGGCCGUGGGGCCGGCCUUCGGCAUGUGUUUCCUGGCCUCGUUCGUUCUGAGCGCAGACGCCUUCUCGAUCAGCAGUUGGUGGAACCUGGUGCCCAGGAAAACGGUGCCCUACAACGAGCUGAAGGACGUCAUGAGGCAUUUCUCCAGUGUCGGGGUGUCCAACUACACAACGCUGACGUUGGCCGACUCCGAUGGUUUACUAUACAUAGGGGCACGAGAAGCCAUCUUUGCCCUCAGCACCAGCAACAUGGAGCUUCAGGACAUGAUCCUCUGGGAAGCGCCUGCAGAAAAGAAAACAGAGUGUAUCCAGAAGGGCAAAAGUAAUCAGACUGACUGCUUCAACUACAUCCGUUUGCUGCAGCCUUAUAACAGUUCCCAUAUGUACACCUGUGGCACCUAUGCCUUCCAGCCCAAGUGUGCCUACAUUGACGUUGCCACUUUCUCCUUGGACAGACAGUCCUUUGAAGACGGAAAGGGGAAAUGCCCCUAUGACCCGGCCAAGGGGCACACGGGACUCAUCGUGGAGGAAGAGUUGUACUCGGCAACACUCUACAAUUUUUUGGGCACCGAACCUGUGAUCCUGCGAAACCUCGGCCCCCAGUAUUCGGUCAAGACCGAGCACCUCUCCACUUGGCUCAAUGAACCUCACUUUGUGGGCUCAGCCUUCGUCCAGGAGAGCAAAGGCAGCGACAAUGGAGACGACGACAAGGUUUAUUUCCUCUUCAGUGAACGGGCCGUUGAAUAUGACUGCGACAUUGACCAGGUGGUGGCUCGUGUGGCCAGAGUCUGCAAGGGGGACGUAGGCGGUGCCCGGACUCUGCAGAAGAGAUGGACCACCUUCCUCAAAGCCCGCCUGUUGUGCUCCAUCCCGGAGCAGCAGCUCCAUUUCAACCGGAUGCAGGGCUCCUUCACGCUGAACGGGGACCACUGGCGAGAAACCAGCUUUUUCGGGGUCUUCCAGUCCCGCUGGGGGGAUGUUGACGUGUCCGCCGUAUGUCAAUAUGAGAUUUUGGACGUUCAGAAAGUGUUUGACGGCCCCUACAAGGAGUACAGCGAGAUUGCCCAGAAGUGGAUCCGAUACUCCGACAAAGAGAUCGUCCCGCGUCCUGGAGCCUGUAUCACCAACUGGCACCGGCGCAACAGCUACUCCAGCUCCCUGGAGCUGCCCGACAACACCCUCAACUUUGCCAAGAAGCACCCGCUGAUGGACAAAGCGGUCUUGCCGCAAGGCAACCGGCCGUUGCUGGUGAAGAAGGAUGCCAACUUCACGCAGCUGGUGGUGGAGCGGGUCCACGGCUUGGACGGGAAGCCCUACCAAGUGCUGUACAUUGGGACAGAGAACGGCUGGCUGCACAAGGCUGUUGUCUUGCCUUCCGGUGUCCACCUCAUUGAAGAGGUGCAAGUCUUCGAGCGACCCCAGCCUAUCAAGAGCCUGGUCUUAUCCCACCAAAAGAGGGUGCUUUUUGUGGGCGCCAACUCCGAAGUUGUUCAGCUUCCAGUGGCCGACUGCAGCAAAUACCACACCUGCUCCGACUGCGUCCUGGCCAAGGACCCUUACUGCGCCUGGACCUGGAAUGGAAGUCGCUGUGUCCGCAUUGAUGCCUAUGAUGGGACCUCAGUGUUGAUCCAAGAUUUCGGUACGGAGCCAGCGCUGUGCAGGCCUCUGCGUGCCACUCGGCCAGGAACCAAGGUCGUUGCCAAAAAUGUCACCGUGAUGGUGGGCACAGACCUGGUGCUGCCUUGCCGCCUCACCUCCAACCUGGCCAAGGCUCUCUGGACCUUCAACGGGCAGGAAUUGCCCGAGGAGCAGACCUCGGUCCUCUAUGAUGCCCACCUCCAGGCCCUGAUCAUUUUGGGCGUCAGCAUGAGGCACGGCGGCAAGUACCGGUGCGUCCAGCUGGAGGAGCUGAACGAGCUGAUGUCGGAGAACUACGUGGUGACGGUGGUGUCGGGGUCGGCCACGUCUUUGGAAGCGCGGGCCCCCUUGGAGAACCUGGGCCUGGUCUGGAUGGUGGUGAUCGCUCUGUCGGCCGUGUGCCUGGUGCUUCUGCUGGUGGUGCUGUCCUUGCGGCGCCGGCUGAAGGAGGAGCUGGAGAAGGGCUCCAAGACUAUCGAGAGCACCCUCGUCUAUCCCAUCGAGAUGCCCAAGGAGGCCAAGAGCCCCACCUUCAUCCCCAGCACCACCUCGGACUCCGACGAGAAGCUCUGGGACCCGGCGAGUUAUUACUACUCGGACGGCUCGCUCAAGAUCGUGCCGGGUCACGCUGUGUGCCAGAACGGCGGCACCACCCCGUCCCCCACUGCCAACGGCAUCCCCGGGCAGCCGCUCCAGUCCCCGCCGCUCCACUCGCCCAACCGCAUCAACCUGGGCAACAUCCGCGGUUCCUCCUCCAACGGCUACAUCCGCCUCAACCUGGGCGCCGAGGAGCGGCCGGACUACAGCGACUUGGCCGAGGAGCUGCGCCGGAAGCUCAAGCAGAGGCAAGCGCUGCCAGACUCCAACCCGGAGGAGUCGUCGGUAUGAGCCGGACCUCUCCCACCGUGUCACAGACCUCUCAACUACCUCAUCAACCAGGCUGGGAUCACUGCCUCCAGCUGGGACUCUUUUUUUAAAAAAAAACCAGAUUAAUAAUCGUAUUUAAAAACUCAUUUUGGACCUGGUGUUUGUUUUUCACAUGACCAGUUUUUAUACACUGCCAAGGCACUCUCCUUCCAGCGCGCCUCUCUCGCUCGGCGUUUUCAGCCGCAUCCUUCUGGGACAUUCCUAAGACUUUGCGGGAGUUGUUUUCUGUUCUUCCUUCGCCUCUGGGCGGUGAGUUUGGCCUCACUGGAGACGUAGCCAUCGACGACGGACUUGCUGCGCUUUGUCAUCGGAGUCGGUCCCAGGACUGACAGCCAUGCUGUGAACGCUCAUUGGGAAAAGCAGGGUGGAGCCGCCGUAUUGGCUCCGUAUCCUCCUCUCCCCGUUUCACCUUUCAGUAGAGACCAGCCAUAUGCAAUAUUUGGGCUGGCUUACCUGCUUUUCUCCCCAAAUGAAAUGCUGUGGAUGAGGAAUUUUGUAUGUGUGUAUGUCUGUCCGGAGUGACUUGAGAAAAUGCGUGAGAAUUGGCCUGGCUGUCUGCAAGGACGUUGCCCAGGGAACGCCAGGAUGUUUUGAUGUUUUACCAUCCUUGUGGGAGUCUUUUCUCAUGUCCCUGCAUGGAGCUGGAGCUGACAAAGGGAGCUCACCCUCUCUCCCCAAAUCCAAACCACCAACCUGUUGGGUCAUCAGUCCUGCUGGCACAAGGGUCUAACCCAAGGGUCCUCAAACUUUUUAAGUGGAGGGCCGAUUCACAGUCCCUCAGACUGUUGGGGGGCCGGAUUAUGAUGAAAUAGUCCAGAAUUAGGAUUGUUGUUGUUGGGGGCCUUAAAGUCGUUUCAGACUUAGGUCAACCCUAAGUCUAAAGUUUAAGACAGAGGCCAGGUCAAUGACCUUGGAGGGCCUUAGUUUGGGGACCCCUGAUCUAGACAAUCUCAAAAGACCAUCUAGAUAGUCUCAUGAGACCAUAGGUGAGGAAAGGGACCCUCAAAGUCCAUCUAGAUGAUUUCAUAAGGCCAUCAGAAGUCCAUAGAUAAGGAAAGGGAUCCUCAAAGACCAUCUAGAUGGUUUCAUAAGACCAUAGGUGAGGAAAGGGACCCUCAAAGGCCAUCUAGAUGAUUUCAUAAGGCCAUCAGAAGUCCAUAGAUAAGGAAAGGGAUCCUCAAAGACCAUCUAGAUGGUUUCAUAAGACCAUAGGUGAGGAAAGGGACCCUCAAAGGCCAUCUAGAUGAUCUCAUAAGGCCAUCAGAAGUCCAUAGAUAAGGAAAGGGACCCUCAAAGACCAUCUAGAUGGUUUCAUAAGACCAUAGGUGAGGAAAGGGACCCUCAAAGACCAUCUAAAUGGUUUCAUAAGACCAUAGGUGAGGAAAGGGACCCUCAAAGGCCAUCUAGAUGAUCUCAUAAGGUCAUCAGAAGUCCAUAGAUAAGGAAAGGGACCCUCAAAGACCAUCUAGAUGAUUUCAUAAGGCCAUCAGAAGUCCAUAGAUAAGGAAAGGGAUCCUCAAAGACCAUCUAGAUGGUUUCAUAAGACCAUAGGUGAGGAAAGGGACCCUCAAAGGCCAUCUAGAUGAUCUCAUAAGGCCAUCAGAAGUCCAUAGAUAAGGAAAGGGACCCUCAAAGACCAUCUAGAUGGUUUCAUAAGACCAUAGGUGAGGAAAGGGACCCUCAAAGACCAUCUAAAUGGUUUCAUAAGACCAUAGGUGAGGAAAGGGACCCUCAAAGGCCAUCUAGAUGAUCUCAUAAGGUCAUCAGAAGUCCAUAGAUAAGGAAAGGGACCCUCAAAGACCAUCUAGAUGGUUUCAUAAAACCAUAGGUGAGGAAAGGGACCCUCAAAGGCCAUCUAGAUGAUCUCAUAAGGCCAUCAAAAGUCCAUAGAUAAGGAAAGGGACCCUCAAAGACCAUCUAGAUGGUUUCAUAAGACUAUAGGUGAGGAAAGGGACUCUCAAAGGCAAUCUAGAUGAUCUCAUAAGGUCAUCAGAAGUCCAUAGAUAAGGAUAGGGACCCUCAAAGACCAUCUAGAUGAUCAUCAGAAGUCCAUAGAUAAGGAAAGGGACCCUCAAAGACCAUCUAGAUGGUUUCAUAAGACCAUAGGUGAGGAAAGGGACCCUCAAAGGCCAUCUAGAUGAUCUCAUAAGGCCAUCAAAAGUCCAUAGAUAAGGAAAGGGACCCUCAAAGACCAUCUAGAUGGUUUCAUAAGACCAUAGGUAAGUAAAGGAGGCCCAAAAGGCCAUCUAGACAAUCUCAUAAAACCAUAGGUAAGGAAAGGGACCCUCAAGGGCCAUUUAGACAAUCUCAUAGGACCAUAGGUAAGGAAAGUGACCUCCAAAAGCCAUCUAGAUGGUCUCAUAAGGCUGUAGUUAAGCAAAGAGACUUCCAAAGACCAGGUACACUUAGGUCAACCCUAAGUCUAAAGUUUAGGCCAGGUCAAUGAACUUGGAGGGCCGUAUCCAGCUCACAGGCCUUAGUUUGGGGACCCCUGGGCUAACCCAUUGCACCAUCGGGGAUUACGUUUUAUAAUAAAUCCCAUUACUCUUUGCCAGAUCCCAGGGAAACACUCCCAAAAUUUCGUUUCUAGGCUCUUUAAAGGAGCGCAAUCCCAAGGGCCCCAAACAGGCUGAGUGUUUCAUGGGUUUAGAUAAAAGGAUGUGCGUCCUGCAGCUCAUAGGUUUGGCCUAUGGCUCUCGCUUCCUGUGUGCAUAUGUAUGUAUGUGAAAGAGAAAGAAUUGAAUAGGAAGAAGGAAGAGUUUCUGUCUUUUUUUAAAACCAAACCCUCUGCUGUGACUGAAUUGAGCUCCCCUGAAUGGCCUUCCUUUGGGAGGCGGGGAGCAUGCCAUGUAGAUACCCCCACCGCCCACGAAGCCCCGCAUGCCUCUCGCACCAUUGCCGUCAACAGACUCCACUUGGCUUCCUUCUUGUAUCUUUUUAAGAGAAUUAAAGUUCUGUAAAUAAUAAGAGAGGAGGGGGUCUUGACUCCAGAGACCCCUCCCUUUGCCCUCGCUCACAGCUUGUGUAAUUUAUUUGUUACUGAAAUAUAUUUAUUUGAUGUAAAUAUCUGAAUAUUUUUAUAUGAAUAAUAAAAUGGAGACCGAAAACAAAA